AUGCUUUACAUUUACACCAUUCAUUUUCUUCGUAAUGACACUGGACAUGGAACCGUGUAUCGCCUUGCGCUGAGAAAACUCAUUAAAUACGGUGCAUUCAAAAGCUGUUCUCAUAUUAAUUUGCAAACUUAUGCUUCUUUACAAAGUUUGGCGAUUGACGCUGUUAUGUGGUCCUGUCGAUAUGUGUAA